AUGUUAUCGAUUAAGCGACGCGCAUUGCCUCUUGUACCCACCUAUUCUAUUACAACUCACAAAAGUCAGGGACAAACUUUAAACAAAGUCGUUAUUGAUUUGAAACUACCAAAGGAUACAGAUGACAUCGCUGCAGUCUAUGUACCAUUAUCAAGAGUGAAACGUUUAAAUGGCUUAAUUAUUUUGCGACACUUUGAUUACAAAGUCUUCCAGAUCAAACCCAGUAAAUCUCAAGUUGCCGAGAUCCAAAGAUUAAACAAACUCUAUAUGGAAACACAAAUGCGUUUUUCAGAAUGGUUUUGA